AUGUCUAGAUACUACACCCAAGGUGCAGGUCGGCCGGCCUCGCCCGACGAGGUCGAGUUCGCAGACCGUGUCGGCACGUCGUCCUUUAUCGGUGGCCCACGGCGCGGUAAUGCCAACGAGAUGAGACCCAUGCGCCAUGGAGAGUACGAGGCGCCUCCGGAGCAGCGUGCACCGAGCUUUGAUAUCCGUGCCGACUUUGACGGUAGCGGACCCCGUUGGAGCGAGAUGUACGGCGUGGCAAAGCAGGAAACAUACCGUCCUGUGUAUGAUCACCACGAGGCAGAGGGCAGUAUUGGCCACCUCAUGCCCAAGCAGGACCAACUAAACGACCCCGAGAUGGUCACUGUACCGGUGCUCGGUGCGGAGUGGACCAAGGACGAGUUGCAUGGCCAGUCGAGGCGCGGUAAGGCCGACGCCAAGGCGGACAAGCGCAAGACCAGCUUCAAGGCGUGGAACCGUGACCAGCGCGGAUGCUGCGGUUGCGCGUGGAUGACUCGCACCGUCUUCGUCUUCGUCGCGUUCUUCUUCAUUGCUGCCCUCGUCGUCACGCUCUACUUCGUCAUUCCCCGCGCAGUCGAGUUCCAGUGGUACGCCGAUCAGCCAUUUGUCAACACAACCGACACGUACUUUGCCCGCACGCCUGCCAACUUCACUUUCGAUGCGAACCUGCAGCUCAUGGCAGACUCAUCGGCGAGCUACGUGCCAGUCCAAUUCUCGAAUGCCGAGGCAAAGGUUCUCGACAUCGACACAGGUGUGGUUAUUGCGAAUGGCAAGCUCGGAAAGUACACGCUCCAGAAGGGCAAGAACCUCCCCGUCGUCUUCCCCGUCACAUUCUCGUACGCCGCCAUCAACGGCACCGACCCGACUUGGAGCAACAUGUACAAUGCGUGCAAGCACCUCUUCCCGGGCCAGGAGCGCUCGUCGAUGAAGUUCCGCGUCGAGGUCAAACAGUUCAUCGUCGGCAUGAUUCCUAAACCCAUCUCGACUGCUUCGCUGCUCGGCAUCACUUGCCCGUUCGAGCUCCCCGCCGACGGCGUCUAG